AUGUGGUUCGUUAUGCUUCGCGUCACCACACCAGCGUUUGUCAUGCUCCUGCUCCUCUUGCAGGUGACUCCCGGGCUGUCCUGCACUUUCACUAAAUUCAAUGGUGCACGUUUGACCAACGUUACGCUUGCACCCACUAGUUACAAAGUAUUUAACACUACCGUUGAACAGUGUUUCAAGCAAUGCUUCGAAGCUCCAGAUUGCAGUUUCUUCAUUUUUGUUGAAGGG